ACACAAAAUGCCUGAGUGUCAAAGGCAGACAGUGCAACUUCUGGAGGAAACAGCUGGUGAGAGGUCGAGUCUGAGUUCUCCCGGGAGCAGAGUAAGCAGGCCCAGGAGCUACAGCACACAGGACAGGGCUGUGAGAACAGCAUCUUUGGCAUCAUGCGUCUACAGCUUGGCACCAAGAGCAUUGGGUGGGACUGCUUUCCAAAGGACAUCAUUAUCCACAAAAGAGAGAAAGCUGGACAUACACAUGAAAAAGAAGAUGACCUGCUGAUUGGUGUGCCUAGUGAAGCCACAGUCCUUGGAACCAUCCAGCUACUGUGUGCCCUGGUGCUUGCAAGCUUUGGCGGCAUUUUGGUGUCAGCUUCCUACUCUUCCUACUUCAACCCAGAACCUUCCGCCACUUUGAUAUCUGGAUACCUGUUUAUUGGAUCCCUCUGUUUUGCUAUUGCUGGAAUUCUCUCUAUUAUCUCUGAAAAAAUCUCAAGCAAACCCUUUGCACUGAGCAGCCUGGCCUCCAAUGUAGCAAGCUCUGUUGUUGCUAUCAUUGGCCUCUUCCUCUUCACCUAUUGCCUGAUAGCCGUGGGGACUGCUUUUCCACACUGUAACUCAGAAAAGAAAUUCCUGUCCUUAUUGUCUUACUUGAAAUCCCACCAUUGGAAGAAUGAAGAGAAGAACUGUCACCUAACUUACGUCAGUGCUAUAAGUGCUCUGGGGCUGCUGCUGCUCUUCACUGUGCUGGAGGUUUUCCUAGCUGUAUACAGCUCUAUCUUUUGGUGGGGACAGCUCUACUCCAACCAACCCGGGGGUAUACUUUUCUUGCCUCAAUCACAAGAUCAUAUCCGACUUGUCAAAAGCAAUUUGUUGCAGUAAUGGAUAUGAAAUACAGAAGAAGAAAGAAGAAAUCUGUUGCUCACAGCAGAGUACAGUUAGACUUUCCUGAAAUCUCAGCUUUGGUAGAUCCUAAUAAACAUCUGAAGAAAAGCUCUCCUGUCA